CAUGGAGGAGCUGGCGGUGCUGCCCGAGGUGUGGCGGCUCUACUUCGCCUCUGUCCGCGCCGCCACCUUCCGCAACUGGCCCUUCACCGAGGGCUGCGCCUGCACGCCCGAGCGGAUGGCGGCGGCGGGCUUCGUGCACUGCCCCAGCGAGAACAGCCCCGACGUAGCGCAGUGCUUCUUCUGCCUCAAGGAGCUGGAGGGCUGGGAGCCCGAGGACGAUCCCCUGGAGGAACACAAAAAGCACUCUGCGGACUGUGGUUUUCUUUCUCUUCGGAAAGAGCCUGAUAACCUGACGGUGCAGGAGUUCCUGAAGCUGGACAAACUGCGAAUGAGAAAGGCACUUAAAAAAGAGGUUUCUCAGAAGAUGACCAAGGUUGAAGAUAAAGCCAAGAUCCAGCGAUGUAGUAUAAAGAAUCUGGCCUAGACUGCUGCAGCUUCAGAGUUGCCAGUGACGUCUGUCUUGUCCACAUGCUGUGGCACUGCCCCUGUGACUGAAUGGUGUUUCCUGAGGCUGCUUCCAG